AUGGAGGAGUCUAACAAUUAUGACCACCAACAUCCCCUGCUUCUUAUCUUGAACCAAGAGCAGCUGAUCGACUAUCAAAGUGGUGUAACUGAUUGCUCCAGGUGUGGGGAGAUGGUGUCUACUCCAUGUUUUUGCUGUGCGGAGCACUGUGGGUUUUACCUUCACAAGGUAUGUGCCGAGGCACCUUUGGAGCUUAAUCAUCCUUUUCAUCCUCAUCAUCCUCUUCUUCUUAUGCAAAAUGCACCUUAUUCAGAUGGAGAGUACGCUUGUGAUUUUUGUGAUAAAGAGGAUAAUGAGUUUGUUUAUCACUGCUCUUGCGGAUUGGACUUUCAUAUUAAAUGUGCUUUGCUUACAUUUAAUAUUGCUGAGAAUAAUUUGAAAGAGCUUGACCAUGUUACCCUUCAACAUCCUUUGAUUUCCACUGAAAAUGGUAAUGAAGAACUUGAAGAUGUUAGCAAGUGCUUUGGAUGUUGGGAGCCCUUAGCAAAGUUUACACACUUUUCUCGUGAUUGUGGAUUUAAUUUACAUGAGAAAUGCGCUAAGCUUCCUUUCAAACUGAAUCAUGUGUGGCAUCGCAAGCAUCCUCUUGUUCUACAAUUUAAUAGCCAACGGCUCUCUUGCAAGAUAUGCGGAGAAACCAGUCGAAUGGGUAGCGGAUUUGUUUAUGGUUGUUCUCCUUGUAAGUUUGUUGUUCACAUUGAAUGUGCAUCACAAUCACCAUUACAAGUUAUUAAGAGUACAAAUCAUGAACAUCCAUUCACCGUGUUUUUGAGACAAGUUCCAUUCACUUGUGAUGCGUGUGGCACCGAAGGAAAUCAUGUUGCCUAUACAUGUGGUACAUGCAAUAUUAUAAUCCAUAAAAAUUGCAUUUCGUUACCUCGCAUUAUCAAAAGUAAGUGGCAUGAUCAUCGCCUUCUUCACACAUAUUUCCAUCACAUAGAAGAUUUUAGAGUUUUGGAUUGCAUAAUAUGCCAUGAUGAAGUCAAUACAGAGCAUGGUAGUUACUAUUGUUCAAAGUGCACUGUUAUAUUUCAUGUGAAGUGUGUAAUGAAGGAUAAAGAUUCAUAUGAAAUAGUAGAAAAUGAAGAUGAGGAAUCUCCUGAUGAGUCUGUCAGCUCCAUAACCAAGGUUCUUGAAAGGAAUGAUGCUGGAGAAGCCACAGUAAUAGAACAUUUCAAGCAUAUUCAUUACUUAAUAUUAAGUGACAGAGUAGGCGAGUAUGAUGAUAAAUGUUGUGAUGGGUGCUUGUUACCGAUCGUGACUUCAUUUUACUACUGUACACAGUGUGAUUUCUUUCUCCAUAAAAUUUGCGCCGAGUUACCAAAAGUAAAGCAUGUUUGGCAUCAUCGUUGCCGACCAGCGUUAGUCCUUACUUCGAAUGAAGUAUUUGAGUGUGUACGAUGUCUUUGCUUGUCUAAUGCUUUUGCCUAUAAAUGUGAAGAAUGUGAGCAAUGUACAUGCCUUCGAUGUAUAAUUGCUCUUACACCUGGUGCUCGCACAUGUCUAGGACAUAAACACCCUCUUCUUUUCUACACCGAAUAUAAAGGGCCAUGUGUUGCUUGUGGUAAGGAUGAUAUCAAAGGGUUGUUCCGUUGUAAGGAUUGCAAUUUUUCUUUGGAUCAUAAAUGUUUUUCUUUGCCUAUUAGAUCCGAACACAAAAGUGAUAAACAUCUUCUUUCACUUGCUUCUCAUGAUGAUAACAGAUAUUCAGAAAGCCAUUUCUGUGAUGUAUGUGAAGAAAGUCGAGAUCCAAAUCUUUGGUUUUACCAUUGUGCAACAUGUGAUACUUCUGCUCAUAUCAAUUGUGUUCUUGGUGAAUAUCCGUUCAUCAAACUUGGGAGUACUGUUAAAAUGAGUAGUUCCACAACGCUCAAUCUCUCCUUGCUUACCUCGGACAUGUGGGCUGUUGUUGAUUGGAUGUACUUUUCGGCCUUUGCUGCAGCAGCUGUUGGACUUAUUAUUUAUUCCGGGCCAAUGCUCAAUAGCAAUCCCAACUCUUUCUUUUCCAAUUUUUUGCCAACGGAGGGGAAUUCGGAUAUGCCUGUGCUUGCUUACAUAUCUAAAUCAUCCAUCUCUCCAUCGGUGACAAGGAUGAUGAUCAAAGCUGAGCUGAUGUCGCCGAUCAAGGUACUGAAAGAAGCAAGCAUUUUGAUGAGGAAGCUGGUUUUGACAACCUCAAUCCAGGAAAUACCAUUGGAAGCUCAUACUAAUAGGCAUGAUUGUAUCACUAGCUCCGGCGGAAGGAAACUAUGGAGGACAUGA